AUGGGUGCCCCGCACGGCCCCGAGCGGCUUCGUCACAAUCCGGGGGCUGGCGGCACCGACAGCCUGACAGUAACGGGAAAAGUUGGGGUGAUUUCCCAUAAACAUCCGGCCAAAGAAACCAAAAGCAGCGCCGGGUUUAACCGAAAAGGCGGGGUGUCUCCCACAGGAAUGCUGCGGAAGCUGGAAAUCCAGAAGGAGGAAGACCUGGAAUCUGUGUCCGAGGUGGCCGCCCAAGUUUUCAGUGAUGGAGUAACAAACUGGGGCAGAGUUGUGACACUCAUCUCGUUUGGUGCCUUCGUUGCAAAACACCUGAAGAGCAUCAACCAGGAGAGCUGCAUCCCCUCGCUGGCAGGGAUCAUCACAGAUGCUCUCGUCUCGUCCAAACGAGAGUGGCUGCUGAGCCAAGGAGGCUGGGAGGGUUUUGUUGAAUUCUUUCGAGUAGAGGACGUAGAAGGAAGCAUCAGAAAUGUCCUGAUGGCUUUCGCAGGGUUUGCUGGACUGGGAGCAAGUCUGGCCUACAUGAUCCGGUGAGCCCGGCCAU